ACAUGAAGCAGAACAAGCUUUUUGACAUGGCGUCACGGCGACAGUUGCGUCUGAAAUCACGUUCUGCCACACAGAAUCCCGGACGCACCCCUGACCCGGGAGGUCUCUCAUCUUGUGCGUGCUCCAUCCAUCUGCCUCCACCCUGUUUAUUCGACUCAUUAGCCAUCUCAAAGCUCCUGUGGCUCACUCCCAGAUGCACUGCUAGAUCAAUGGACUCAGUGCCCCAGAGGUGAGCCCCACUCCAAGCUGGAGGAAAAAGCCUCUCCAUUCAUCUCCAACUUCAGCCCCAAAUAGGCCGUAAUGACUGAGUCCUGAUACACUCUCAACACAGAGAGAGUCCAUAGAGCCAUUCAUGGAGCCUAAUCAGCAUGCCAGAAGCAAAGUCUGGCUCUGCAGUGACUGAAUACAGACUAUUUGAGUCGGCACCUGAACCGAACCAUGGGGUCGUUCCGAAAGCCCAGGCCCCGUUUCAUGAGCUCGCCGGUGCUGUCGGACCUCGCCCGUUUCCAUGCCAGCUCACCAACGUUGCAGCUGUCCAACGCCAGCGUUUGGAACAGUGUUCACACGGCUGUCAUAAAGGUGUUUCAAGGAGGAAGCCUGCAGGCCAAUGAACUUUACACCUUGAAUGAGAGCAUAAGGUGGCUUUUAAGGACAGAGCAGGGAUCCUUUAUCACAGAGUAUUUUCAGGAUCAGCUUUUGAAUAAAGGUCUGACACACGUUUUGGAGAGGAUCCAGCUUCAUGAUGAGGAAAAUUGUCUCCAAGCGCUGUCUGAUAUGUGGGUGAGGUUUUUCACAGAGAUCCUGCCAACUCUCCAAGCUAUUUUCUACCCCGUGCAGGGUCAGGAGUUGACUGUGAGGCAAAUGGCUUUGCUAGGCUUCAGGAACAUGGUUCUGUUGAAGCUUCCUGCGGAGAAGAUGCUUCACGCAGAUUCCUUCCCUCCUCCGAUCACACAGAUGCUCCUCAUCCUACAGGGCAUUCAUGAACCUAACGGACCCACGCAAGAAUAUUUCUUACUCGAGAGACUGGUGGAAAUGGUUAUAUCUCCCUACCUGGGUAACUACCUCUACUUGAGCCAAAGUGAUUCUUCUUCAGAGAAUCAUUUAGAACGCCUGAGAUCAGUUAACACUCCCCACCGAGGUCAACCCGAGAUCACGGUGACACAAUUUGCCCACGAAUCCUUCUUGGCACCUCUAAUCGAGCAUGAAGGGGAAGCUUAUUUGGAAAAGACCGGAGGAAUCAGACGCCACACUGUUGCCAACGUGCACUCGGACAUCCAGCUACUGUCCGUUAAAAACAGGAUGUGUGGAAAAGUCGAGUUCAGUGCGGCGACCAGGAUCAUCGAGACAGGAAGCAAAAGGACUCCCAUGUCUUUCUCUAGCGAUACGACUUUUUGUAAUUCCAGGCCAGUUGCUAUGGAAAUUCACAGAGGUCAAAGCACUGCUGAGAUACAAUGUGGCCUAAGCAGUUAGAAAGCAAUGAACGUUUUUUCUCAAAAUGCCCACUAAAGCCGGCAGGAACAUGUUUAUUUAAUAAAAUCGAGAGAAUACUCAAAGCGCUUCAGUAGCGUUUACUGAUAAUGUGAAGCUUUCCAUGUGCUGAAUUUUGUUUUGCAAUGUUUUUUAAAGUUUGAGAGUGAAUGUUGUUUGGGCAAUUUUAAGCUUUUUUUGUAAAGCCCACCAAACGUCACACUUUUCUGUUGGCAAAGUUGUGAAAAUAGGUUA